AUGAAGCACAUCGCCAGAGAUCCAAAUGCUAGAGAAAGAGUGGAGUUCAAUGAUUUUGGAGAUCCUGUUGGUGAAGGAUCAGUGAAGUUGUCUUCAUACCUAGGUCCAUUAGUGUGGGAGCAUGUACCUGUCACAUUUGAUGAUUGGAGGAAAAUCAGUGAGGAAGUUAAAAUUGUUCUAUGGAAAUUUGUUCAGGCAAGGUUUGAGCUUGAUGAAGAGUACCAAAAGAAUGUUGUGUUGAGGCAAAUGGGAUGUUUAUGGAGGGCCUCAAAAUCAAGACUUGUCACGCAGAUAAGGUGUAAAGCUACUAACCAAGAGAGGAUGAAUCUAAGACCAAAGAAUGUUAAUCCAGUUGAAUGGCGAAAAUUUGUCAAGUGCAAAACCAGUCCAGCCUUUAAGGCUGUGAGUGAUAAAUACAAGGAGAGGAGAAGCAAACAAAUUCCUCACACCUGUAGCCGUAGAGGAAUGGUUAGGCUAGAAGAAGAUAUGAAACAAGAGAGUGGUGGAGUAUCGAAAGUGAGUAGGCUUAAAGUGUGGGUCAAGUCACGUACAAAAAAAGAUCAGACACCAGUCAAUAUGAUUGCUGCAGAGAAGUUUGCAGCUGAGCUCGUUGAUAGCGGUGCUAAUUCUAAUUCAACAAACCUUAGUGUUGAUCCGCUUUCAGUACUAUUAGGACCUGACAAUCCUGGUCAUUUGAUGGCAAUGGGAAGAAACAUUGGGAAGACGAAGUUAGCUUGUUUUCAAGUGAAGAAACUGUUUAUGGCUGAAAUGGAAGAGAAGCAGCUUGGUUUGAUGCACCAUGUUAACGAGUUGCAAUCUGAAAUUGCUAGAAUGAAGAGACAGGUGAAAACUCAGCUACUGCAAGAGCAGAGUGUUAACAAAAGAGCACAACCUAAGUGUGUGUUGGUUGAUUGGUCUGGUUCUGAUGAAGACGUUGCUGAGGGCCGUGUUAUUUCAUCUGAACCGGAAGACUUUGUGAAUGAUAUCCCCUUAGGCCCUCUUGCUGUUAAAGUAUUGGUCGAAACUGCAAUCAAAUCAGAUGCAUUUCUAUGGAGGCCUGCAACCGGUAUGUGUAUUGUUGAGCAAGCGGUUGGCGAGAUGAUUGCAUGGCCUGCCAAUAAAUGCAUUAUUUCAGACCAGACGAUGUAUUCUGAAGACAUUCCUCUUAGGAACCCAACGGCGUAUUCUGUCAACAAAUGCAAACUCUUAUCACCUUGGACAACUACUGACGAAGUUGUUGCUGAAGGCCAUUGGCAGUGUCAAGAACCAAAAGCAUUGGUUGAUCGUCUCCCUGUUGGACCAAAUGCAGUGAAAGUAUUUGUGGAUGUAGUGCAUGAACCUGACACAUUUCUAUGGAGACCUAGACCAGAAAUGACAUACCUUCGGGAUUCUGUUAAGUAG